AUGGGUAUUUGGAGUUCUGAAAACCAAACAAUAAUAGUGGAAUUUGUGCUUAGAGGAUUCUCUUCUAUCCUACAGAUAAAUGUUUCCCUUUUUAUGAUAUUUUUAGUUUUCUACAUCUUGAUUAUUUCUGGGAACAUCCUCAUUGUCCUCUUAGUUUUGAUUAACCAUCCCCUCCACACCCCCAUGUACUUUUUCCUGGUAAAUUUGUCCUUUCUGGAGAUCUGGUAUACAUCCAACAUUGUUCCCAAAAUGUUACUAAUUAUCAUUGCUGAACCGAAGACCAUCUCUGUGACUGGUUGUCUGGCACAGUUCUACUUCUUUGGAUCUCUGGCUGCAACUGAGUGCCUCUUGCUUGCUGUGAUGUCCUAUGACCGCUACCUGGCCAUUUGUCAACCUCUCCACUAUCCAGUCCUCAUGACUGGCUCCUUCUGCAUCAGUCUGGCUACUGGAUCUUGGCUCUGCUGUUUCCUUCUGACAUCAAUCACUAUGGUUUUGCUGUGUAGGCUAACCUUCUGUGGACCUAAUGAAAUUGAUCACUUCUUUUGUGACUUUACCCCUCUGGUCCAUCUCUCCUGCAUGGACACCUCACUGACUGAGACCACUGCAUUUGUCACCUCAUCAAUAGUGACUUUGGUUCCAUUUCUUCUCAUCAUGGUCUCCUACUCCUGCAUUCUCACUGCUAUUUUAAGAAUUCCUUCUGCUACAGGUCGGAAAAAGGCCUUUUCCACGUGCUCAUCCCACCUCACUGUGGUCAUAGUGUUUUAUGGUACACUGAUAGUCACAUACCUUGUUCCCUCUGCCAACUCUUCCCAGCUAUUACACAAGGGGGUUUCUCUUCUGUACACCAUCCUAACACCCAUGUUCAACCCUAUCAUCUAUAGCUUAAGAAAUAGAGACAUCCAUGAAGCUCUGAAGAAAUGCUUGUGUAAGAAGCCAGGUUUCCUUAAAUGA